AUGGAGGACCAAGAGCUGGCAAGUCGCCUAGUCGAAGAAAAGGAAAGAUACCACAAUGACUUCAAAAAGGACCUCAUUCAGUUGGUGGGAGACCGAGUAGAUCAGUACUUGGAUCAGCUAGCUUCCGUUGCUAAGACAAUGGCGGACACUGUCGAAGAGCUCCGCUUCGCCGAGAUAUUACCUGACAAGAAGACCCUGAAAUACGCCCUGAAGCACACCCUGCUGGAGGAAGUCGCGGCAAGUAUGAACGAACAUAUAGACCGCAAGUACGACUCAGGCCCUUUAAGUGCAUCGGUUCCUUCAGAAACAGCUCCUACAAGUACAGCCAUACCGGGCGUCUCAAGCGGCAGUGGACUGUCGAGUCAGCAGCCAACCAACCCAGCCUUGGACGGUGUCCUUAUAAACCCUGAGCCCGUGCAACACCUCCGCGAGGCUGGGAUGGAUGUCUAG